AGCCGGCGGCCCGGGCAAUUAAGGCUAGUGCCUGCAUAAAACGCAUGGCAUAGCCAGCUUACACAAGCCAGGGACUGAGAAGAUACACUCACGUAAAUGCAGGGCAUCUACCUUUUAGUAGUUCGCAUCGUCACUUGUAGCAAGUACUGUAAUAAAAGUUGAAUUUGAUGCACCAAUGGAAGGUGACAGUGGCGCAACAACCAUUGCCAAAGCAACAUUUGAUGGGAAUGAUCUCGAAAAAAAGGAAACUGGAUGGGACCGCGUCAAACAGGCAUUUGUAGCUGACCAGGAAAAUAAGGAUAUCCCGCGGGAGUUGUACGAAAUGAUCCUGAUGGCGACGAUGGGCAUGCUGAUGGGGUAUGCCUACGGCGGAGUCCCAGCUUCCAGACAUGCCAGAGAACGCUACAUACAGAAGAGCGGGGCAGCGAUAUACAGCAGUCGUCUGGAAGCUACGGGUGCUUCUUACAAUGCAGGAAUGCGAGGCUUCAUACGUUAUGGGUAUCGCUGGGGCUGGCGGACGGCAUUGUUGGCAGCUGGCUUCCAUGGCAUCAGCACAUUCAUGGCAGUGUACAGAGACAAGGUAGACAUGACAAAUUACGUCAGUGCAGCAGUGGUAACAGGUUCACUGUACAGAGUCAACCUUGGUCUGAGGGGUUUAGUCGGGGGGGCAUUUGUCGGUGCCGUCGUCGGUAUUCCAGCUGGCCUUAUCUUAAUUGGAGUGCAGAAACUGCAAGGAGAGACUAUGUUGGAGAAGAAUAAACGAGACCGUCGGGAAAAAGCAAUUGCCAGAGAAAAAGAGUUGGAAUUAAGGAGGCAAACAACGCCUCUGCUGCUUGACUACAUGGAGAAGAAUAUGAAACAGAGCAGCAAGCCGGAGAACAGUGAGGCUGCUUCAAGUUGAUGAAAUGCUCACGUUUGACCCUGGCCCUUUCACCUAACCACUUAAAUAUGAGUAUUCUUCAAGCUGUAGCCACCUGCCAGUGGUGGGCCACUGGUGGGCCAGUGUGUGCAUUGUGUGUGCCGUGGACCACGCGCAGGAGCAAUAGGUGAUACCUUUUGAUGACCCAUAAGAGUUCCUGUGUGGGGCACUCACCACGUGUGCAUGCGACAUGGAGUUCAUGGGACUUUUUCAUUGGAAUGUGCACAACUUUUGCAUCAUUGGGUGGGUACCAGAGCGUGGUAGCAAUGGCACACAAGUGAUUGUCGUCUGUUUGUCACCGUGUAGGGAACGGCAGAGAUUCACUCGUGGAGUCCAUACACAGAGCUAGAGGCCUACGUCAUUGCUGAGGGACCUUAUCAGUGACUGGCAACAUUGGCUCAAAAGGAGAAUUGUCUUCCAAGGUGACAGGUUAUCAAAGUGCUGCCGUCAAACUGCUGCCCUAACCUCGUGUACAAAAUGGAUGGAAAUAGAUUGAUAUGAAAAUGGUAACCGGACAAGACAUAUUAUUUCACAUGUACACAGUGCUUUUCCCUGCUCUCUCCACCUUGAUGAGCAGGAGCACUCCCUCAUCGGUUGGAAAGAGCCACAACGGUGGGGAAUUUUGUUGGUAGUGACACGCAUGCAACACAUACAUCUUGUAGUCAUUCAUGAACCAUUGAAGUGGAACUUUCCUACCAAAGGAGCCUCGAGUGCCAGGAAAAUUGCGCCCUCUCUUGGUCCCGCUCGGGUCCCAUUAGGCAGCAUCACAGCUUUAAUGAUUUGAAUGCUAUACUGUGAGAACUGAACAGUGUCACAGUUCAUCAGACCGGCUUUUGAUUUUAAGAUUACUCUUUUAAACUGGAAAGUACAAUACAAAGUAAAAAUCUGCAUUUCAUCAGUUUGCGUAUUAUGUUCUUUAUUUAACUGUGACUGAUUGCCUGUGGAUGUGUAGAAAAGUCAACAUGACCAAAAAUGUAUUUUUCCAAGGCAAAAUUACUAAAAAGGGACUGUAUACUUCAGUCAAGUGAAGGAAUAUAUAAAAUGCAGGGAAGUCGUGUAAGGAAGAAAGAAUCUAAAUUUAUCCAUUCCACAUGCUUAGUAUAAAAAUGUGGAAUUAAAUGAUGUACAAGAAACUGAUGGUUGCCGUGGAUUCAGAGUUACAAGAGUUACGUUUUUACCAACUUACAUUAAACUGUACUGAAGAUUAGAUCUUCAUCCUCUCUGUGCUUAACUUUUAGAGGAGUUAUUUCACAUUUUAGUGCAAUUUCACCCACCCCCCUGCCACCAGAGGACUGGAGCCAAUGCAGAAAGUCAAGCUGAGGGAAACCUAUUUAAAACUUGUCGUCUAUCCACAGUUCAACGGGACAAGUGACUGGGCCUGUGUGCCUUUUUCACCCACAUGACUGGAUUGCGCUAAAUGUAAACAAUACCACCACAUGUGGACCGCCUUGGCCACGGUGAUCGCAUAUAUUCCUACGGGCAGCUUCAACCACGUACAAGGGCAUGCGCAAACGCUGUAUGUUUGACUAAUUUGUCUUGAAUAAGUAGAUUACCACCACAACACAUGGCAGUUCGGCAUGGUUGUGACAUCACAGGAAAAAGGUCUAUAGCUUAUCCCAGAUUAGACACUGACUUGGCUUAGAGGUCAGAUGCAAGAUUCUCCACUUAUCUGUUAUGUCCUUUGACACCAUACCUUCUGUAUCUCGUGAUGAAGUACAGGGCAAGUGUUCUGGGUCAUCCAUGGGCUAAUCAAGUGUACCUUCGUACUACUGAUACACCUAUAAUGCCUUUAUGAUGUUUCUUAUACAACGGUGUAUCAUGAACCGUUUUUUUGGGGGGGAGGUGGCAGGGGACAGUUUUUUUCUAUAGAUGCAAAAACUAGGGAUUUCUUUAUGUAACCUUGGCAACGUGCGAGGCAACAUUCUUGGGCUUUCUUUAUGCUUUGGGGAAAAAGGGAAAUGAAGUAGUCCCAAAACUGUAUCGUUCUUCGCAUAAAAAUGAACCCGGGAGUAUGAUGACCCCUAUUCCCCCCUUCCAAAUAAACCUGUGUACUGACCUAGGGGCUGCUUCCUAGGUUGAGCACACUCGGGAUCCAUUUAAGCACUGAUGGCAUGUAAGAAAAGUUUAAAUCUUCCAUUUUUGGUGAAUUUGCAAAAUUUCUUUCAAAAUUCCUGUGCAAAUGCUUGGAUUCAAUAAAACCAAUACAGAAAGGCUUGUG